AUGAUAUCAUUGCGAUAUCAUAAUGAUAUUAUUUGCAAAUUUAUAUCUCCACGAUAUUUAUUUAACAUCAUUAUUAUAUCAAUUCGGUAUUGUUUAAAAAUUCAAGGUUUCUGUAAAGAUCUAUCAAGUGAAAGUCAUACCGGCGAAUUUUUAGCCAAAACAAUUGAAGAAAUAAUUGAUGAAAUUAGUUUUGCAUUAAAAGAAGAAGCUAAAGCCUGCGAUAUUAAUGGAGGUAGAUUGAAAAAGUGGGCAGAUACCAGAUGGCAUACUAUGUAUGAUUGUGUUGAUUCAAUUAUGCGUCAUAAAGUACCAUUAGAAAAUUUAAAAUGUGAAAAACCUGAAACUCUUUCAACAGCAGUAUUGUCAGUUCUACGAACAUGUGCAUUUUUUGAUGAUGUACGUGCAUUAGCAUUUACUUUACGUCCUAUUAAACAAUCAAUUGCAGCGUUAGAAUCUCAGUCUUGCACUCUUGCUGAUUGUUUUUUUGGACUUGCAAGACUUGGAGCUGCGAUUAAAAAAUUAUCUAAUAAUGAUCACCGGGUUUUUCACCAGCAGUGCAUUUCAGUUUUUAACCGUUGUUACGCUGAAUUUGCUGAUCCAAUAUAUUUAUUGUGCUUUUUUUUACAUCCGUAUUAUACUGGUAAGUUUGAAUCAGAUUACCUAUAA